UUUUGUUUUGUUUUUUUAUUUGCACUUGGGAAAAGAUGGUUUUCAUAAUUAUAUGCAUAAUUCAAUGACGUUUUGACUUCAAUUAGAUUAAAGAAAGGUGUUGUUUCAUAUUAGAUAGGUAGAUUGCGAGUUUAGGCGUUGUUGAAAUGCUUGGAUUGUCCUGUACGAGAUGCCGUAGGCAUGUCCUUGUAUCCUAGCAACAGGAACACAAUUGUAUUUCUCAGAACUUCAGUUCAAGUAUCUUUCUGAAUUUCGAAAUUAUUAAAUUACUUUUAUUCAUGAGCUGCACCUGCUGUGUCUUUAGAUAAAUUACCACCAUUCGGUGUUUUGUGGAAAGAACUGACCGAGUUCGGAGUUCCGCUUCAGCCGUGAGCUUCAGACGCUUUUCCCGCACAGGAUGGAUCAGACUCCGCGGAUUUACGUAGAAAGGACUCUGGCCAUCAUCAAGCCAGAUGCCUUUGACAAAGCUGAAGAGAUCGAGGACGUUAUCAUCAAGUCUGGUUUCACUAUUCUUCAGAAGCGAACGCUGCAGCUAAGUCCUGAGCAAUGCAGUGAUUUCUAUGCAGACCAGUUCGGCACGCACUUCUUCCCUAGACUGACAGCCUUCAUGAGCUCUGGCCCCAUCUUCGCCAUGACUCUGGCUCGUAAUGAUGCAAUUGCCCACUGGAACUCCAUCAUUGGACCUCCUAACAUCACCAAAGCCAGAGAUUCUCAUCCUGAUUGUCUUAGAGCAAAAUAUGGCUCGUCAGAUCUAAAAAAUGCCGUUCAUGGCAGUGAGUCACUUGAUGCGGCUGUGAGAGAGAUUAAGUUCAUGUUCCCAACCUCUGUAAUUGAGCCUUUUCCUUCAAGAGAGGCACCUGAAGAUUACCUGAGAAGGUGCGUAAACCCAAUUCUGCUCCGAGGACUCACAGAGCUCUGCAAGGAGAAGCCACUCAACCCCUGUAUUUGGCUUGCUGACUGGUUGGUCAAAAACAAUCCUAACCAUCCUGAAAUACGGGAAUGUGCCAAAGAAAAGGAGUAAAAGGAACUCAGCCCAUACAGCGCCA